AAAAAAAAAAUCUAUUUUUCAAAAAUUGUUGGUCUUGAAUUGAAUUUUUCGUCGUUUCCUUAGAAAAUAUAACAAACAAAUAGGAAAAGCUAUUAUUCUGUGAUCAUUCAUUCAUUCAUUUAUUAAGGAAAAUUAUGUCGAGUUUUUGAGGUGAUUACAGCUGUACAAAAAGACAGCAUUUAUUUAUUUCUUUCAAACUGUAGCGCGCCUUUUUAUGGAGGAACAAUUAAAACAGUGAACGAAAUUGCAAAGGUCAAUCGAAAUUUGCCUUUUCAGGUCUCUUCCCAAAUGGUUUCCCAACUGAUAUUGAAUUUCUCUUUUUUACUCUUUUUAGUUAAUUAUUAUUAGUAAUAGCACUCUCAUUUCUCAUUUCUCAUUCCGCCGCCUUGUGCCACCGGCGAAUUCAGCACCCGUCCGCCGGUUUUGAUGGUGUUUGCGAGAGCGAUUUUGGCGUUGGAUUGGACUAUUAGCUAAAAUUAACUGAUUUCUACCAAGAUGUCAGAAGUUACGCCACCUACGGAGGAAGUAGUGAAGGUAUUACUGGAUUACUUAGUUGACCCAAUGUUACCUUUGAAGGUCUCUCGUAAGAAUCCUCCACUUUCUGAUCAGAAGUCUGUGGCUAAGCAGAUGCAUGCUGUUGUGUUACUCUACAACUACUAUCACAGGAAGCAACACCCAGAAUCGCAUUUUUUGGAAUAUGAACCAUUUUGUCAGUUGGCUUUAAAUUUAAAACCAGCAUUGAUAGCCCACAUGAAUUUUGCACAUCAAGGUGAAAGUACGGUAUCAAAGGACUCGGAAAAUCAGCUUUCAUUAACAGAAAAAGCUAUCAUGGAUGCGUGCACUAUGUCUUUGUCCUUAGAAACAUUGGGGGAUGUUCAAAAUGCAGAAGUGUGGCCUGUCAAAAAAGUUUCAGUUAUACUAAUAGACUCAAAGAAAGAGAACUGUUUGCUGCUAUACGGUUGCAUCACCAAUGGUGUUUGGUCCGUUAUUGAAGAACUUCUUGAUGUCUCUGAUUUAGAUUCAAAAUUCUCAACAAGAGAAGGGAAAAGGACUUCGACAUACAAAAAUGAUGCCAAGGGUUCAGGUUUUGAACAGGUUGCCUUCUCAGCAGUUGAGAAAGCUACAGGAAUUCAUCAGUCUGAACUCAUGGUUUUGGAGAGGCAUGUGGUGUACUCCUUGAGCAAAGAUAAAACAGCUGCUUGUUUCUACAUUAUGCAAUGCAUCCAAUCCGGCAAAGACUUUGAAAUUCCUAUCAAAGAUGCAAUUGAGAGUUUGCAGGGCCCUUUGUUAAGAUGGAGUUUUGGUUGCUGGAUGCAAACCCAAGUGGUUGAGUAUUAUAAUGUGCUUCCUUAUGCCAAGGUUAUGUCUAGAUGGUACUUAAGGGAGUUUAUUCCAAAUGGUUCAGCUAGUUUGGAUGUUAGCAGCUUGGAAAAAUUCUAUGGGAAUUGCAGUGAGGAAUUUGAUGAAAGUAGGCAAGCCAUCUCAAAUGCUUCACAGAACUAUUGCAUUGGAUUAGAAGACAUAAUUGAUAAAAGAUGUUUAAUGUUGAAAAGCACAUGUGAUGAGGAAUUCAGUAUGUUUCCAGUCUUCUGUGAUCGAAGCUACAAUGAUGCCAAAUCCAGCGGUACUGAGGCCAUUGCUGAUGAAAUCUCUGAGCUAGUGGAUAAAGAAGCUGAAGAUAAUGAAAUUUCGAGAGAGUUGAUUGCUCAGGAAAGCUCUCAGAAAGUGGAGAAAGAAGCUCAAAAAAUGAUGAUUUCUGAUCAAUCCUAUGGUGUCAUUCUUCCAGCUUUGGAAGUGGUGGCAAAUAGUAUUGAUGCACAGUGUAGUGAAAAAGAAUCAAAUGGUAUUGACGAUUUUAGAUUGGAAGCAAUUGAAAGUGAAGAAAAGAAUAGUGCUGGAACUCGGUCAGAAGGGAAAAUGUCAGAAAACUGCAACAAUGUGCCAUGUACCAGCAAAGACAAACCUAAUUCUGAGAACUUUGAGAUGAAAGAUAUGGAAAUUAAGAAAACAAAAGAAUCAGAGAACUCUUUUGGCAUCAAUCACCCAAAUGCAGGACAGUUAGCGACUGGUAUAUGUUGUAAUCUGGAAAUUAAUACUGUCGAGGACAACGGAACUGAGAAAUUUGUAAGAAACGAAAAUUCCGAAAAGUCAUUGGAUAGUUAUCACUUAAUGGAAACUGAAGAAAAUACAAAUUCAGGGAAGCCUUUUGAAAUUACUCAGUUAGAAGGGGAACAGUCGACAAACUGCAAUAUUGCACCAUGUAUCGUCGAAGAGAAAAGUGACUUGGGGAAUGAUGAGAUUGUGGUGAUAGAAAUUAAGAAUUCAGAAAAAUCAGAUAACUCUUUGGACGUCGCUCACCCAAAUGCAGGACAGUCGGAGAUUGUUGUAUGUUGUACACUGGAAAGUGAUACUGUCGAGCACAACAGAGGAGAGACAGAAGUUGAAAGAACCGAAAAUUCCAACAAGUUGUUGGAUACCAAUCAAUUAAUGGAAAGUGAAGAAAAUAACAAUAUUGGAAAGCCCUUAGAAAUUGCUGAACCAGAAGGGGAACAAUCAGAAAAUGACAAUAACGCACCAUAUACCAGCAAAAGGAAAAUUGGUUCCGAGAACUUUGAAAUGGUAGAGAUAGAAAUUGAGAAAAUAGAAAAAUCAGAUAACCUUUUGGACAUUGCUCACCUAAAUGUGGGACAUUUACAGGAUGGUGUGUGUUGUGAACUGGAAACUGAUACUGUCGAGUACAACAGAGGAGAGAAUGAAGCUGAAUUAACUGAAAAUGCCAAUAAGUGGUUGGACAUCAAUCACUCAGCUGUUGAACAUUUAGACAAUGAUCACAUUGGUGAAGGCACCAUUUGUACUGGCAACUCUACACAAAUGGAGCUAGAAGUUGAAGGCAUAAAUAGAUCUGAGACAUGCCCUAAGGUCACCCAUUCAUCAUCCAAAGGAUUGGGAAACACUAUAAAUGAAAGCCCUUGGCGCAAAGAAACAAGUGACGAUUCUGAAACGACACAGAAAUUAGUCGUAGAGACAGAAAAAUCUGAUACAUGUUGUGAUGCUGUAAAGUUAAAUGACAAAGGAUUGAGCAGUAAUACUUUAGAAAAUUCAAAACAAUGUCCUAGUCCUGAUCUGCAGGUUAUCCAGAAUCCUCCCAGAAAGAGACAAAAAAAGCAUAAAAAUGAACUUGUGGAUUUUCUCAGCAGACAGAAAGAUGAAAAUACUGAGGUGCCUAAUCGUGUUUACUGUUACCGGAAACGGAAGACUGCUUUGGAGAGUGGUGCUUCUUCUUUAGCUGGUACCAGCAUAUAUGUCAACACAGCUGCUACUCCAGAAUCAUUUUCUUUUAAUAUUGGGAAAGAAAAUGUCGCUGGAAAUAGCAUCAAUGCAGCAGAUUGUGGAAUAGUUUCUGUAAUUGCUGAGAAAGACCUAGAACUGACACGAACUGCUCUAUGUGUCCUUUUCAGUAAAAGAUCUACACUGGGAACAAUGAAAUCAUAUUGGUCAAUUCAAGCACUGAAGUAGGCCUUAUAAUGCCUUAGGGCUUGUAAUUGAGAAAAAAGUGUCUUCAGAAGCGAGUGAUACAAGAUGAGGUUGUCCUUUGUGACCAAAAUAUUCAGAAGAUUUUAGAAGGCAAGGAAGAUGCUUUGGCUCUCAAGUUAGAUGCUGUUAUAGAGGGUUGCAAGAAGAUGCUUGAAGGAGAUUCUACUGAGAAUGUGGAUCAAGAAGUAUGAUGCAGUGCUUAUCCAAGCUAACUUCCAUUGAAACUCUUAUCCUUUGUUUGGGAAUCUGCCCCUUGUUUGUUUAUAGUUCGUCUCUUUAUGCGUUGCUAAGUGGAUCAUGAUCCAAAUGAUGAAGAUAUAUAUUUCCAGGAUGUGAAGGUUCCAUUGUGGCUGUCCUUUUUGUUUGUUUGUUUGUUUGUUUUUUUUUUUUUCUGAAUCUCGCCGUUCACAAAUCCUCUCUUAUUCACUGUUGUUUUAACUUAAUUCAGCCAGUCACAUAGGGG